AUGGAAGGCACAAGUUCUGGUGUUCCUGAGGUGAGAGCUAUUCUCUUAGGGAUGGACAUGCCAGAUUACCUGUCCCUUUCCAAUUUGUUUGCUAAAGUGGUUGGAUUGACCUGCACGCUCGCCUCAGGCAGCACUGUGUUUCUCGGCAAAGUGGGUCCCUUUGUCCACUUAUCCACUAUGGUGGGUGCGUUCAUGAAUCGCCUGCAUGUUUCCUGUCGUGGCGGAAAGCAGAACAUAUCGAAAGGAGAAAUGCUGGUUGUGGCAUCAGCAGUGGGCGUGGCAAGCUGUUUUGGGGCUCCAAUCAGUGGGGUUUUGUUCAGUAUAGAGGUGAUGGGGUCUCAUUAUUCGGUCAGAGAUUACUGUCCCUGCUUCUUUGCAGCCGCUUGUGGAGCAAUAACCUUCAGAUUGCUUUCUGUUUGUAGCAGAGAUCAAGAAACCAUCCAGGCCCUGUUUAAAACCAGCUACCCUGCUGAGUUGCCUUUCCAGCCGUUUGAAAUAUUUCUCUUUGCUUUAGUUGGGCUGAUCUGUGGUUUUAUCUGCUGUUUUUACUUAUACUGUCAUCGCUGGGCUCUGCGGUUUGUCAAGACAAACAAACCCAUCAGCAGACUUUUGGCAACAGAAAAGGCUAUUUAUUCAGCCAUCGUGGCAUUUCUUCUCGCCUGCUUUACGUUUUAUCACUCGGCAGGACGUUUCAUAGCUGCUGAGCUCACAAUGAAGCAGCUGCUUUCUUCCCUGUUAGAUGCCACAUCAUGGUACAACAUUUCCCAGAAUUCCACAGGGCUGCCUGAGCCCCAGAACACAUUCUGGCAGGCAUGGAACCCACCGGAUGGAAGUUACUUCAAAACACUGGGAAUGUUUAUUCUUACUAAGGUUGGGCUGUUGGUUGUGGCGUGUACCUUGCCUUUACCUGCUGGCUACUUCAUGCCAGUGUUUAUUUAUGGUGCUGCUGUUGGGCGUUUUGUGGGUGAGGUGUCUGCCUAUGUUUUCUCAGCAAAGCUUCAGUUAAACCCGGGGGGCUACGCUUUAGCAGGAGCAGCAGCUUACUCUGGGGCUGUAACACAAACGCUCUCUCCUGCCUUAUUGGCUAUAGAGAUGACCGGCCAGUGUACUCAUGCGGUCCCUGCCUUGGUUGCUACGUUGAUAUCCAACGCGGUGGCUCGAGCAAAGCAUCGCCCAUCUUUCUACGAUGGCAUAUCCCUUAUUAAAAAGCUCCCACAUUUGCCAUCUUUCAUCCGGGCUUGUCCAAAGUUGGCCUCAGUUCAGAUCAAGCAGUUUGAGAUCCCAACAGGUGUAGUGCUGGAGAGAGCUGAGGGACUGACAAGUGUGCAGAAAAUCUUAAAUGUUAACACGGAGACCGAAUUCCCUGUUGUGGACUCUCAUGACUCUCUCACUCUCCUGGGCACAGUCAACAGAUCACUGCUGCGAGACUUUCUGUAUGAGCAUAAAGAUGAGGGGUUGUGUAAACAGUUAGAAGAAGCAUGUGCUAUUCAACCUGUCAGACUACAACUGACUCCAGAAACCACAGUACAGCAGGCCCAUUGUAUCAUGAACAUGACGGGCGAGAGGUGUUUGUUUGUAACGGAGAAUGGGCGGCUGUGUGGUGUCCUCACACGGAAUGAGAUGAAGAAAAUAAUCGAAGAGAUGGCAAAGGAGGUCUAAUGCAUGGAUGAGAAGCCCAAAUGUUAGAACAGGCAUUGAUUUAUGCUUCCCACUUAAAUCUCAUUAUUGUAAUAAUCAUCCGUAAUGUUUCUUUUGGUGGUGAUUUUACUUGCAUUAUUAUAUGGAAAUCAAGCAAUAAUUAUUCAUUGUAAAAUAAUGAGAAGGUGAUCUUCUCAUUGAAAUGAAGCAGGAGUCCAACUGGGCUAAACUCCCCAAAAGAUUUUCUACUUCUAACAACAUCAUAACAUUUUCCUAAAUAUGUAAUAUUCAUGUCCAUAUGGUCAUUGUGUGCAGUGACCAGAGGUAAAUUUUGAGGUAGAUUACAGUUGCAUUCUCAGAUUGUGUGGUUUAGCCAAGUCAAUAAGAAAUUGUAUAUAUUUUUCAUCGACAGUUUUAGGCCAUGUUGUCUUAAUUGAUUGAACCCAACUGUUCUAACACCAUGAGCUAUAGUGAUUACAUUAUAACCGAUACUGACCGUCUUUAAAACUGACCCUGUUACAUACAGUCAAACAAAAAGUUAUUCAGGCACCAGAUAUAUUUUUUUAGUGGGUGCAGGACACUGUAGUUCGUUUGUGAGGAUAGCAAAAUAAAGUAAACUGUCAUAUUAUAGUCAAAAAAUCUUUAUACAGUGGACUACCAGUAAAAUUGAUCAAAAUUUGGGACCAAAUUAUUCAGACCCUUUGACCUGACCAUGUUUUGCUUAAGUGUUUUUUCUUUAAUUGCUAAUGCGACCUUUUUACACCACAGACUGAACAAAAUGAAGCAUUGCUUGUUGAUUGGUUGCCCUAAAUUGGUAUUAUCAAAUUGUGUACUUAAAUUUAACAGCUGACAGAAACAACUGAAUGAAAUGGACUAUCUUGUUGUAACCCCUCAUGGCUUAUCUACUAUACUGUAUGACCAACACUGGAAUAAAAGAGCAGUUCUGAA